UUAAUUAGAACAGAAAAAUGAGUACUACUUCUUCACAUACAAUUUUUCUUAGCUUAUUUCUAUUGAUGCUGCUCUGCUCUAGUAGUGCUGCUGAUCAAACUCAAAGGAACGUCUCUUUGGGUUCAACACUCACUGCAAAACUCAAUCAAAACGAGUCAUGGCUAUCGCCAGCUGGUGAAUACGCCUUUGGUUUCCAGCAAAUCCAAAAAGAUGGCUUCCUUCUUGCUAUCUGGUUCAACAAAAUUCCUCAGAAAACCAUUGUUUGGUCAGCCAAUGGCAAUAAUCUUGUUCGCCAAGGCUCCAUUGUCGAACUAACCAACCUUGGCUUAGUUCUGAGAGACUCCACAACUGGAAGAGAUGUAUGGUCUGCUGAUGUCUCCGGCACUGGAGUUUCCCACGCAGCCAUGACAGACACUGGGAAUUUCGUGCUUGCAAACCAGAAUCAUGUCAAUCUUUGGGAGAGCUUUGAUAAUCCAACGGACACGUUGUUGCCUACGCAAGUUCUUGGUCAAGAUCCAGAACUCGCUGCUAGGUACUCUGAGUCAAACUACUCAACUGGGAAGUACUAUAUUAAAGUAGACAAUGGAAAUCUAGUGUUCUACGUCAGAAGACUCACAAUGCCUGGUCAAGGUAAUAUUAUAUACUGGCCAGAGAACCAAACCCCAGGCAACGACGGCACACAGGUGAGGUUUAACCAAUCUGGUUCUAUUUACCUGCAAGCACAGAAUGGGACCAUUACUGAGCAGUUGACACCAUCAAACUCUGAUUUUUCUAAAGGAUUUUACCAGAGGGGGAUUCUUGAAUAUGAUGGCGUUUUCAGGCAUUAUAUCUACCCAAAAGACAAUGAUGAUAAUGGUUCGAAUUCUAGAGCAUGGCCCAGCGGGGAAUGGUCUCCAACUUCAUUCAUACCUGAUAACAUUUGUUUGAGUAUUAGAGCCGAUAAAGGACCUGGAGCUUGCGGAUACAAUAGCUACUGCAAGCUAGAAGAUGGCAGACCCAGUUGCCAUUGCCUAAGUGGUUACACCUUCAUUGAUUCGAAGGAUGAGAUGAAAGGAUGCAAACCCAACUUCGAAGCUCAAAAUUGUGACGAAGAUUCAGAAGAUGUUAACAAUUUUACUAUGAUUAGCAUGGAUAACACUAACUGGCCUCAGGGUGAUUAUGAAGUAUUUACAUCAAUGUCAGAGGAUGAUUGUAGAAAUGCUUGCUUGUUUGAUUGUUUUUGUGCUCUUGCCAUUUAUGGUGACAGUUGUUGGAAGAAGAGAUCUCCUUUCUCAAAUGGGGUGAUGGACUCUAGUAUCAAAUCAACAAAAACUCUGCUCAAAGUAAGAAAAGAAAACUCAACUACUACCAAGUCAUGCAACAACAUAGUUUCGAAAACAAAAGACCAAACAACACUGAUAGUCACUGGAGCAGUGAUUGUGGGCAUCUCUGUUUUUCUUCAUAUCCUUCUUUUCUUUUUCCGCCUUCAUCGCAAAGCCUCAGUCGUUAGAUCAAAUCAGACCAUCACGAAAACAAAUUUGCAGAAUUUCACAUUUGCGGAGCUAGAAAAGGCUACCAAUGGACUCAAGGAACAGAUAGGAUCUGGGGCCUUUGGAGUUGUUUUCAAAGGCUGUGUAGAAUUAGGCAACAAUAAUACUUUGGCAGUUGCUGUAAAAAAGUUGGACAGCAAUAUGUUGAGAGAAGGUGAGCAAGAAUUCCAAGCAGAAGUAAUGUCUAUUGGUCAUACAAACCAUAAGAAUUUGGUGAAGCUGAUUGGUUUCUGCAACGAGGGACAUCACCGGCUUCUUGUUUACGAGUACAUGAGCAAUGGAUCCUUAGCAAGCCUUCUCUUCGGACACUCAAAGCUAAAAUGGCACCAAAGAAUGCAAAUUGCUGUGGGGACUGCAAGGGGGCUAUUUUACUUGCAUGAGGAGUGCAACACCCAAAUCAUACACUGUGAUAUCAAGCCUCAAAACAUCCUCUUAGAUGACUUAUACACAGCAAGAAUUUGUGAUUUUGGAUUGGCUAAGAUCUUAAAGACUGACCAAACUCGAACCACAACUGGAAUUAGAGGAACCAAAGGAUAUGUAGCCCCUGAAUGGUUUAGAAACUUGGCUGUAACAGCAAAGGUGGAUGUAUACAGCUAUGGCAUUCUGUUGUUGGAGUUGAUAUGUUGCAGGAAGAAUGUUGAAGAAAAUGUAGAGGAUGAUGCUCAAAUGAUAUUGGCUGAUUGGGCAUGUGAUUGCUAUGAAUCUGGGGAAGUGAGGUGUCUAGUUGAGAAUGAUGAUGAGGCCCUGGAGGAGAUGAAGAUGGUUGAGAAGUAUGUGAUGGUUGCUUUAUGGUGCAUACAAGAGGACCCUUCACUAAGACCUACUAUGAAGAAAGUUAUGCUGAUGCUUGAAGGAAGUGUUAAGGUUUCAGCUCCUCCACUCUCAAAUUCAUUCAUCAGCUCUCUAUAGUUCUAUACUCAUAUGCAUAUAUAGAAGAUCAAUAAUCUGGGAGGAGAUUUUCUUUAAGUGAGUGUAUUAGGGGGCUUGUUGGUUUUGUAGUUGCUCAAAUACUCAUUCACAACUUGAUAUUGAUUUUUAUUGAUUGUAUUUGAGUCUGCAAUUCUGUUUUGGUUACUCAAGAUGAUUCACAAAUUCGAUGUAGGCUUGCUACUAAUGUCGAACUAGCUAGAAUAAUUGUUCAUGUGUUUUCUAAUUUCUGCUUGAAGUUUAUUGUGUUUGUAUUAGUUUUGAUUGUCAGAGUAGUUGUCUUGAAGUGGUAUUUCCAAUAUUCUUCUUC